UCGGCAAACGUCUCAUGUAUUUAUCCGCGUCAAAUCGUGAUUAACGUGUGUGUGAGUGAACGUGAUGGAUCAAACUACCUGGAGUUUUCCAAAAAAAUUUCACCGGUAAUUGUUAAUUACCCAGAUGCUGUCAUGCAGAGGUACAAAAAUCAGAGGAUGACUGUGGAGUGAUGAUAAUCCAGUGAUCAACAAAGCAUCACCAAUAUCAGGAUAACCACAGUCAAAAGAACAGGUGAUAAGACAAGAAGCUGUCGGAUUGAUCGUAGGAAUGGAAUUGAUUGAAGCCGAAAGGUGAUGAUCCUCUGGAGGUGUCUCUGAUUAUCAUCAGGAUGGGUGGCUACUACACAAACUGCACACCAGGUCUAGUUGUGCCGAUAUGGGGAUCGCAGGAGAAUAUCGCACUAUCGGACAUAAUAAUCCGUGGUAUAACGUAUUUCUUUCUACUGCUGUAUCUGUUCAUCGGUGUAUCAAUAAUCAGCGAUCGAUUUAUGGCUGCUAUCGAGGUGAUAACAUCGAAGGAGAAGGAGCUCGUGGUGCAUCGACCAGGACGCGAGCCUCAGAUCAUAGUUGUUCGUGUGUGGAACGAGACUGUUGCUAAUUUGACACUUAUGGCACUUGGUAGUAGUGCACCUGAGAUACUUCUAUCGAUCAUUGAAAUAUGGGCUAAGGAUUUCAAAGCUGGUGAUUUAGGACCGGGCACCAUUGUCGGUUCAGCGGCCUACAAUCUUUUUGUCAUAAUAGCCCUGUGUGUCUUUGUGAUACCCAAUGGUGAAACCAGAAAGAUAAAGCACUUGAGGGUAUUCUUCGUAACAGCUACUUGGAGUAUCUUCGCUUACGUAUGGUUGUACAUUAUUCUAUCAGUAUCGACACCUGGUGUACUCGAUGUUUGGGAAGGACUACUGACAUUUGCAUUCUUCCCAGCAACUGUCCUAACAGCAUGGGUAGCCGACAGAAGACUGCUCAUUUACAAGUACCUUCACAAGGGCUAUCGAAUGAACAAGCGUGGUGUUAUUGUUCAGGCUGAAGCUGGUGAUUCCGAUGGUGGAGUUGAGCUGGAGAUAAAAGAGCACGAUGGGCCACACCUGUUUGUUGAUAGAGUUGAUGAUGAGGGGCCGGAGGCAAGGGAAUUCGAGCAAACGAGACGUGAUUACAUCAAGACACUGAGAGAUCUAAGAAAGAAGCAUCCAACACUACCCCUGGAGCAGCUGGAGGUGAUGGCACACGAGGAGGUACUCGGCAAAGGACCCAAGAGUCGUGCCUUCUACAGGGUACUAGCUACCAGAAAGAUGGUUGGUGCUGGUAAUCUCAGUAGAAAAAUAAGCGAACGUGCACAGAGCGAUUUGAGCGAGGUCAAGGCUGAACUCCAGAGGGCUGAGGCUGAAGUCGUUGACAUUGAGCAUAUCAAUGCAACUAGGGUAUUCUUUGAUCCUGGUCAUUACACCGUUAUGGAGAACGUUGGUACUUUUGAAGUUGGUGUUACGAGAGUGGGUGGAGAUUUGAGCAAGCCAUGCACCGUUGACUACUGCACGGAGGAUGGAUCGGCUGAGGCUGGCUCUGACUAUAUCAGUGCCAAGGGUACACUUAUCUUUGAACCUGGUGAAACCAGAAAGACCAUUCAACUGUCGGUUAUCGAUGAUGAGCUGUUUGAAGAAGACGAACACUUCUACGUCAGAUUGAGCAACGUAUCUCAGUCAGCGAUGCUGGUAUCCCCGAGUCUGGCAACCGUAAUGAUCCUGGAUGACGACCACAGUGGAAUUUUCGGCUUCCCAGAGCGUGACGUCGAGCUAGUCGAGAGUGUUGGACAGUAUCCCCUCAGGGUAUUACGAUACAGUGGAGCUAGAGGACGAGUUGCCCUGCCCUAUCGAACCGUCGAGGGUACAGCAAAGCCUAACAAGCAAUACAUGCCGAGCGAGGGCUCCCUCAUCUUCGAGGACAAUCAAACCGAGAAGACGUUAAUGCUGACGAUCAUUGAAGAGGAUUCCUACGAGAAAGACGCCCUCUUCUACGUGGAAUUGGGGGAACCCCAGCUCCAAGGAGCUGAGGCAGGACUAGCUGCAUCGGCGGAAUUGAAAGCCCCGGAGGAUCGCACCGAUGAGGAAAAAAUGGCACUUUUGGGUCGGCCAAGGUUGGGUGACGUUUCUACAGCUCAAAUCAGGAUCAAGGAGUCAAAAGAGUUCAAGAACACUGUCGACAAACUCGUGCAACGCGCCAACGCUUCGAUUUUACUCGGAACGAGUUCUUGGAAAGAGCAGUUCAGGGAGGCCGUGAUGGUGGGCAGCGGAGACGAGGGUGAGGACGACGAGUCAGGUGAAGCUAGAGUCUCAUCUCCAUCAUUCUCUGAUUACCUCAUGCACUCUCUCACUAUAUUCUGGAAGGUUCUCUUCGCCUUUGUGCCACCGACAGAUAUCGCUGGUGGAUAUCUGUGUUUUGUUAUCAGUAUUCUGGGAAUUGGAGUUGUGACUGCUGUUAUCGGGGAUGUUGCCUCGUAUUUUGGAUGCACACUGGGUAUCAAGGAUUCAGUUACUGCUGUUGUGUUUGUGGCAUUGGGUACUAGUAUUCCUGACACGUUUGCCAGCAAAGUGGCAGCAUGCCAAGACAAGUACGCCGAUGCUAGCGUUGGAAACGUGACUGGUAGCAACGCUGUUAACGUCUUCCUGGGGAUAGGUAUAGCAUGGAGUAUUGCUGCUAUGUAUCACAGCUACCACGGGAACAAAUUCGAAGUGGAUCCGGGCAGCUUGGCCUUCUCAGUGACCCUUUUCUGUACUGAAGCCUGCGCAGUCAUCAUAGUUCUGCUUCUGAGGCGUUCCAAGAGCAUCGGUGGUGAGCUUGGAGGACCAUUUGCACCAAAAGUCGUCACAUCGAUUUUUCUCUUUUCACUGUGGAUAUUCUAUCUCGUAAUGUCGACACUCGAGGCCUACGAAGUCAUUACUGGCUUCUAAGAAGAUGUUAUCACCCCCAAAUAACUCAAGAUAUCACGGCCUACCUCGAAGAACCAAUACAUCAACCAUUGGAAAAUAAACAAGUGGUCUGGACAAAUUCUUGAUGAUUCUCCUGGUGCAUGUCCUGGUGCAUGUCCAGGUGUUCACCUCGAAUUUAUCCUUCACGCGUGUUUUGUCCUGCAGCCAAAAGGAUUGAUGGAUUUCCCCUUUUAUCUGGCUGAUUGGAAGGAAUUCAAUGACUUUUGGGGAAUCAUUUGAAUGGGAUUAAUUGACGACUCGUUAUUUCGUUCGAUGAUGAUUAAUCAAUGGAAUUGGUGAAUUGAAUUGAGCAAAAACUCAAGAGGAAACUCAAAACCAGAGACAAGGAGGAAGCAUUACGAAUGAGAGAAGAAAUUCAAACGAAAGAGCAACAUCCUCUAGUCAUAAACCACCGCACAGGGCAGUGGUCAGUAAAAAUCUAGAUUAAAAUGAUUAAUCAAGAGAUAACGUUAAACAUCAUAUAUAUAUUAUACAUAGGAUUUAUCUAAGUGAUAGCGUUUAUAUGAUAUUCUACCGUAGAGUAUAAAAAUGAUGUUGAAUUUUGGUUAAGAAAACUCUAGUCUUCGAAAGUUAGGAAGUGAAUUCAAUCACUUGAUAUCGGACAAUUCGAUUAUUGGAAUUGACGAUGAAGAGAUUCAACGAGUGCAUGAUGGUAUGAACGAGUAGAAAGAUUGAGAGAAAUUCCUCAAUCUGAGAUUAAAUGUAGGAGUUACUUUCCAAAUUGUUUUUUUUUCUUUCUUUCUGCCAUGAAGAAUUUUUUAAUGAAAGGGAUGCGCGGCCUUCGCUCGAAAGUAAAAGCUUUCGUUGUUCUUCACUGCCUUUGAUCGAGGGUCGCAUGCCUGACUGAACAAUUCGAAGGAAUUAUCAUCGUUUGAGUUUAAAAAUAUUUAAUAAUAAAUGAAGAAUCGAUGAUAAAGUGCGUAGGACCCAGUGACACUGUAGAAAUAUGAGUUAUAAAUACUGUAAGUACCUAGCGUGAGUCUAGAUUUAUGGAUUAAUUACGCAAUUUAUUAAUGAACUUUAACCGAGUCGAAUGAACUGACGAUGAUGCCUGUGAGAGUGAGAUUGUGAUGUCUUUUUUUUCCCUCUUCAUAACGAGUCUUUCGUAGAUAUUUUCCAAGUUUAAUCUGUAUUCCCCUGGGCCAUUAAGGCCCUCAAUAUCGAAAUUGAUAAAAAAAAAACAAUUAUAACGAAAAUUCAUUUUCUAUUCUACGUAAACCAGAAGAGCUGACCUAGGAGUAGCUCCUCUUCCUAAUAAAAAACUUGAUUAUUUUAGUAUGAGUUUAAACUAAAGAUUUAAAUGAGACUCAACUAGCAAAGCGUCAAAGUGAUACUCUAAAAUCUUAAGCGUGCUAAAAACAGAUAACCUCAGUGAUUUCCGUUUCGCUCGACGGUUUCUGUUAUUCUCAUCAUCAACUAAAUAAAUAAAUAGCUGAUGCGUCGAGGAGUGAAACGUAGAAAAUGUAGAAUACCCGAUAUCGCGCUUGUAAGCCAGAUAGUAUGGGUAUGGAAUUUUUCCGGGGAUUUUCUUCGUAUAUAUACAGUUGUCGAGACGGAAAUUUACGGGUAAAGCGCGAAUUCUACUCUAAAAUCUCGUGCAUUUGUCGUAUAUCCUAUUUCCAAAGGAGUCUUGUGUAUCUCAAUUCCCUCAACAACCAACCAAUCCUCUCUUGGUGGCACUGGCAAUGGUAAUGCGAGAAAAAAACAAAUUUCUCAACACGAGAAAAUCAGCAGUAAUAUUUAAAUACCUCCGAGGAGGAAAAAUCCCUCAAGAAAAAUUUAACUCAUCAAAAAAAAAAAA